CCAAAGCACGUACUAAAUAAUCUCGGAUCCGGUCGAUGUAUGCGCUAUUUUACGAUCACGAACACGAAGCGCUCGUCAACCCGAAUACCCGAUACAGAGAGCCCGGCCCAAAGAGAUUGGUUACUUACUACUCAUCUCGGGCUCUAAUUCCUUUCACAAAAGCGCCAAAGGUAACGGCUUUUCCCCCCUUCUUCUUCCUCAAGGGUUCAUCCUUGAACUGAAACUCGCAAAGAACCGCCGUUCUUACCUUCACCAACAGUAAUGGUCCACUCUGCUUCCAAAUCCCACCUCAAGAACCCUUUAGUCUCUCUCCUUCAGAGAUCAAAAACACCUUCCCGCGUCAAUGAACCCAACAUCUUCCAGUACAACUCCCUGAUCAGAGCCCACGCGAACAAGUCGAACCCGCGGGGGGCCUUGGCCUGUUACUUGGACUUGAGGAGGACUGGCCUUCUGGGGGACAACUACACCUACCCUUUUGUGCUCAAGGCCUGUGGGUUGAUGAUGGGCUUGGUGGAGGGGAGGCAGGUCCAUGGAGAGGUGGUCAAGGGCGGACACGGGUGCGAUGUCUUCGUGGUGAACGGGUUGAUCGGUAUGUAUGGGAAAUGUGUUGAAAUGGUUUGUGCUAAGAAGGCGUUCGAUGGGCUCGAAUCAAAGGAUUUGGUUUCCUGGAAUCUGAUAUUGGGAGGUUAUGUGAGCUCUGGAGAGAUGCUGGUGGCCCAGAUGGUGUUCGAUGCAAUGCCGCAGAGAGAUGUGGUUUCUUGGUCCAUAAUGAUUGAUGGAUAUGGUAAGAAAAACGGCGAUGUUGUCAGAGCUCGUGUUCUCUUUGAUGAAAUGCCUGUCAGAGAUUCGGUCUCUUGGAAUUCCAUGAUCACGGGGUACAUGAAGGUGGGAGAAUUGGUAGCUGCUCGUGAUCUGUUUGAUCUGAUGCCUAAGAAAAAUGUGAUUUCUUGGAGCAUAAUGAUACAGGGAUACGCUUCUCAUGGGGAGCCGCAAGAAGCCCUAAAACUCUUCAGGCUAAUGCUUCGUGAAGAUGAUGUAGAGCUUGAUAAGGUCUCAGUGGUCGGAGCACUCUCGGCCUGUGCCCAGUUGGGAGCACUUCUUCAAGGCCGAUGGAUGCACAUGUAUAUAAAGAAGAAAAGAAUAGAUAUGGACAUAGUAGUUCAGACAGCACUAUUGGAUAUGUACAUGAAAUGCGGAGCCCUUGACGAGGCUCGUUGGGUGUUUGAUAGCAUGACUGAAAGAAAUGCUGUUUCCUAUAGCGUGAUGAUACUUGGGUUCGGGAUAAAUGGUUAUGGAGAGGCAGCCUUGAAGUAUUUGUUCGAGAUGGUUUCUGGGGGAAUUCAAGGGGAUGACAUGACUUUUCUUGGAGCUCUCACAGCAUGCAGCCACUCGGGAUUGGUCAGUGAAGGUUUACACAUCUUUGAUGAGAUGAGGAGAGCACACAGAGUUGAGCCGAAACUUGAACACUACGGUUGUCUGGUGGAUCUCCUGGGUCGCGCAGGUCGAUUGGAUCAGGCCCGAGAAGUUAUAGAGGCCAUGCCAAUGAAGCCCAAUUCUGCUCUUUGGGGGUCUUUUCUCUUGGCGUGUUGGACCCAUCAAGAUCCAGGCCAAGCAGAAGUAGCAGUCAAGAAGCUGAAAGAGCUUGGAGCCGAUGACUGUGGGACCUAUGUUCUUCUGUCUAACAUAUAUGCUGAUGCUGGUUUUUGGGAAGAAUCUAGGCGGAUAAGGAAAUUUUUAAAGGAUAUAAAAAUGGACAAGGAGAUGGGAAAGAGCGUCAUAGAAGUAGAUGGAAACAUCGAAGAGUUUAGAAGUGGAGAUGAUUUGAGUAUGACGAAUAAGGAAUUAAGACAGGUCCUGUGGAGUUUAUCAAAAAGUGCCUUUUGUGCAGGUUAAUCCAAAAAUCCUAUUCCUAUACUUGUGUUCUGGAAACACAUCCAAGGAGCCUCAGAGGAACAACCAGGAGAAUAGAUAAACAUUUGCAGUUACUUCUGCUGCAGGACAGUUUCAAGUUAUAAUUUCUUUGGUCAGUCUAUUCAACAGAGUUAUCUUAUGGGUUUAAAAGUAUGAUACAAACAUAGAUUUCCCUAAUUCUCCUGUUACAACAUUCAAAGAAUUGUGCAACCCUUGCUUUUCUCGGCAAAGCCGAGCCCCACAGGAGAAUCCAAUUGGGAAAAAUAUGGAUUUC